GAUUCGGGCACGAUGACCGGGUCUCUCUCCUCUCGCCCUCCACCCACCACUCCCUUGCCGCUUAUUCAGCUCGUUAAUACCGUUGCCAAGUCGCCAGCGUUUGCGGAACCUCAAAGGUCAACAACAUACGGUCCGCCGUUACAUCCGGAUGCACUUUCUGCCAAUCAGAUCGAUAACUUGUCGGGACUUCUUGCUGUACCCACACCGUCUGUACAGCGCUUUGAUACCCAAACACCGGUUACGAUGGCGGAAUCCUUGGCAGGGUCAGGACAGAGCACCAUCAGGCCUCAAGCUGGAAAACGAGCAGCAGAAGAGAAUGGGGAGAAUGAAGAUUCACAGGAACGAGCGGCUAAGCGACCACGUAUACCAACCUCUUCAACUUGGUCUCGGUCGGUAGUCGAUAGCUCGUUGCCUGGGUUUGGAACCCAGACGCCGGAUACAUUUAACGUCAGGCUACCUGGAGGGCUCGUCCGGUACAUGAAGUUGCCCCCAGAGCGACCUUUUUCGACAGAACGAGACAAACUAACAACGCUCGGACGUAUCUCCCGCCCCUCCUCUGCUGACCAAUUUUUCGCACGGCUCAACUGGCGGGAAGUCAACACCGACGAAGGGAAACGAGCCCUCCAACAGCGUGUAGCAACCGGAUUUAUGCAAGUAAUCCAUGGGUAUAAAGACGAAUAUGGAAUUUGCUCAUGGGAUGAGCUUGCUAAGCUGGGCGCGCCGACUGAUGUGUUGAUAACUAAAUAUCCGUUCCACUCGGUUGGAAAGCUGACCAUGGACCAUAAAGUCACCCUCCGGGAGCUGCACAAGCUAGGUGCAGAAGGUUCCCUUCAGUGGGGAUCAACUAACAUCCCGUUCCAAACCGAAAAGCCGCCGCUGCUCGACUUCCUGGCAGAUGACUGGACAGCCUGGAACCUGGGCUCGUCUCAACUACAGCGUCCCCCUCAUGCCCGGCCCCAGUCUUUCACAGCGUUCAACACUCACCGCCUGAUCCAGCGAGACGCUUUCACCAGCCUCCAAGUAACGGGGCGGACGGCGGUGCAAGUCCAGCGAUGUGGGCACAGAGUGAUCUUUUAUUGCCGACAGAAGAAAUUCGACCUUAGCAUAGAUGAGGUGGAGGCGCUGUGUACGAUGGAGGAUUAUGAGCGGUUGGGGAGCUGGUACGUGCUUGUUGUCAGACCUGGGGAUCUGCUAAUCGUACCCCCGGGAUUGCGCUCCGCCACCCACACACCGGAGAACAACAUUCUCCGCAGCUCUGAGCUCCUCCUUUUCUCCGGGAUAAAAGAGUACGAGCGCCACCUCCGCGCCGCCGUGAGCAAAGAGCUUUGGUCCGCCGAGUUCGGAGGUAUGGCAGCACUCAGAACGGUGUAUAGACUCGUAAUACUGUGGCAGCACACAAGGCCAGAGUUCGAUCUCCCCCGCGCACAGUUCCUGGCCAUGAGCCGGCUUGUGCUUAGGCCUGUGGACUACCUGCCCCCGCCCAAAACGGAUGCAGAGCGGAGAAUACAGUCCCUGUUUUUGAGGCUCCUGGUAAGUCUUACAAAGCUAGAACAAGUGGAUAUCAAAGGGAGAGCGGGAGUGAAGGUGCUAGAUGGGGUCCUGAGGGAGGAGAUGGCGGAUUAUGCGCUUGCUGCGACAGGGGUGAGGAAGGCGAUGGUUAGGCUGGGCGUGUCGGAGGAUGGCCUAUGA